AUGGGGCUCAGGGGGGCAGUGGGGCAGGGCUGCUCUCACUGCCCUGCCCCUCUCUCCUCACAGCUCCUGGGGACAUGGCUCUACGUGGCCGGGGCUGCCCAGUUCCCCCAGCACCUCCUGGAGAUGCUGCUCAUCGACCAUGGCUACCUCCACGUGGAGCCCCACGUUGGGGAGCAGGAGCUGCUCCUCACCCAGCACGUGGCCAUAGGGGACCAGUGUCUCACCAACAACUCCACCUACUUGGAAGUCCUUGCUGGUAACACCACGCUGGUGAAGCAGGCCAAGACCCGACAAACCAUGGGGACCCUUAUGAACCUCAGCUCUGAAGACAUUUUACUCAUCCAGUUCCAACUGCAGAGGGAAAGGACGUACUUGGGGCUGUAUCUCUAUGCCCGGAACCAGAGCGUGAGCCCAGCCCAGCAGGAAGAGUUUGAGGGGCAGGUCCAGUGCCUGGGGCUGAGCAAGAAGGAGAUCGUGUACGCGCCGUGGAAAAGGGAGCUGUGUCAGGUGAAAGAAGUGGAAGAAGGAACCAGCUCAGGCCUGGAGCCCAUGGCCAUGCUCACAGUGUCACCUCCUCCAGUACCCACCAGCCCAGGUAACUAA